AUGAUUUCUUCAAUUGCCGCCAACGACGGCAGCCUGUGGACCCAAAUAGACUGCUCGGGCUGGCUCGACUCCAAGCCGGCGGGCUCCGUCCUCUACGUCUCGUUCGGAAGCCUCGUCGAGACGAACGAGCACGUGAUCUGCGAGGUGGCCCACGGGCUUCUUUUGAGUGGAGUCAACUUCAUAUGGGUACUCCGGGAGGGAAUUAUCGGCUCGGGCGAUGUUACUAAUGUUUUGCCCGUCGGGUUCGCAGACGAAAUUAAAGAUAAAGCGUUGGUCGUGCCUUGGUGUGAUCAAAUACGGGUUUUGUCGAGCCCGGCAGUCGGGGGUUUCUUGACGCACUGCGGGUGGAACUCGACUCUGGAGAGCAUGUGGUGUGGGGUCCCAAUGAUUUGUUACCCGCUGACGUACGACCAGCCGACGAACGCCAAAAUCGUCGUGGAUGAUUUGGGGAUUGGGAUUAGGCUUUGCGAGCGUGGGGGGACAGUCGAUAGGGUUGAGGUUGGUGAGAGGAUUAAGGAUUUCGUGUCCGUGCCAGUCGGGGAGCGGUUGAGAGAGGAGGCUCGAAAAGUGAAGGAGAAGUUCCGGAGUGCGGUGGAAGUUGGUGGCUCGUCCGAGAGGAACUUCGAUCGGUUUAUUGUCGAUUUGAAGGAAAAAAUUGCGCUUGGGGGAAAGUGA